GAGAGAGCGUGAGAGGAAACCGGGAGAGGGGUUGGCCUAUCGAGGACCGUCGCUGUCUGCUCCGAUUCGGGUUCAGGAAUGGCGGAAUCGUCCUUCUUCGGGAAGCACUGGGAAGGUUGGAAGGAGUUCUGGGGCGAGCGCUUCUCCUUCCUCGAGAGCUACACCCGGUUCACCGACCGCGACGCCCCUCUCCCCUCCUGGUCCGCCUCCGACGUCGACGAGUUCAUCGCUUCCGAUCCCGUUCACGGCCCCACCCUGAAGACAGCGAGGGAAGCAGCGACCUAUGCGGCUGUUGGAAGUGUGCUUGGGGCAGUGACCACAGCAGGUUUUGCCUGGAAAUAUUCAAGGAGCUUGCAUGGUGCUGGACUAUCCUUUGCAGCAGGGGCGGUGUUUGGUUGGACCUUUGGACAGGAAAUCGCUAGCCAUUCGCUGCAACUGUACCGAUUGGAUACCAUGGCUGCGCAAGUCAAGUUCUUGGAGUGGUGGGAGAACAAAACAGGGGGUCACUAGGAACUUAGUGAGUCUGGGACAUGAAAAUGAAACUGAAGCCUUGUUUUGCUUCCUUUGAAUAAGAUCGGAGAUGGAAUUGUCAAUUGUGGAUGUUUUUGUGGCUACAUCUUUUGAAGUCUUCUGGUUUUAGACUUCCAGAUUCUUGGCUUUGCUGAUUUAUAUGAUGAACAGUUGCUCA